AUGUCGGUGCACUUGCCCGCGCCGCCGACCGCCGCGCAGGUGCAGGCCUGGUUGGCGCGGCAGCAUGCAUUGUUAGCCUCGGAGCGUGAAGAAGAGCGUACCCAGAAUACCCUUCUGCUCUCGCAGUGCGCCCCGCGUGUGCUCGCGCGCCAUGGCCUCGCACUACUCGGUCUUGGCGUAUCCAACGUGCGUGUCGGCCCGGGUGCUCGAACUCUUGUGGAUCUCGAGAAUGCAACAGCUCUACACACCAGCUCUCUACUGGGUACCCACACGUUCCGGCCUGGCGAUGUAUGCCAGAUCGAAGACCACCACGCCCAGCCCGCGCCGUCCGGCAUGCGUGGCGUCGUGUACCGCGUGCACGAGUCGCGCAUUACGUUGGCCCUUGAAGAGCGGUCUGCCUCUCAGAACGACGAGGCGGACUUUCCUCCCCUCGUGCGGCUCGUCAAGCUCGCGAACGAAGCGACAUACGCCCGUCUUGACCAGACACUCGCACAGCUUGCAGAGUCCCUCGGCGUGCCGCCGCCUCCUUCCGCUGAGCCGGCCACCGAGCUCGCUAGUGCGUCCACGCUGACGCGCGUCCUACUUGGCCUCGAGCCGCCGACGUGGGCACCGACGGCGCCUGCGUGGACGCCCCUGCACCCCCGCCUUAAUGCGUCGCAAAAAGAGGCCUUAUCCUUUGCAUUACGCGCCAACCACUUUGCUCUCCUCCAUGGACCACCCGGCACAGGGAAAACCACAGCUAUGGCCGAGCUGAUCGUCCAGCUGGCCUGCCUGUACCCAGAGGCACGCAUUCUCGUGUGUGGGGCCAGUAACCUCGCCGUGGACAAUUUGCUAGAGCGCGUUGUGAGCACGCCCGAAUACCGCGAGGCGCUCCAGCAUGCGCGUACCUCUGUGACACGGAUCGGCCAUGCGGCGCGUGUUCUCCCUGCGUUGACGGGCGCUACGCUGGACGUGCAGAGCAGCGAGUCGCCGGAGGGCCAGCUUGUGCGCGACGUCGCUAAGGAAAUCAAUGAGCUCAUGGCCGCACUGUCGCCCCCGCCGACCGCGCGUGCCGGCAACAAGAGCGCACGCAAGGCGCCGCGCCCGCGGGGCGCCGAGCGUCGCCAGAUGUGGGAGCAGGUGCGCGCGCUGCGCAAAGAAUACCGGCAACGUGACCAGGCUGUGGCAGGCUCCGUGCUGCGCCGCGCACGCAUUGUCAUGGCAACGUGCCACGGAGCGGGAUCGCGGGCACUUGACCAGCAUAUGUUCGACUUUGUUGUGAUUGACGAGGCGUGCCAGGCGCUGGAACUAUCGUGCUGGACACCAAUUCUCCGCCUGGCGUCCCACGGACGUGUCUUUUUGAGUGGCGACCCCCAACAGCUGCCGCCGACGGUCCAGUCAACGCCGCCGUCUGUGGCGCCAGGCAUGGGCGCGCUGCCACUGCCUGCGACACUGGAGACCACCCUGUUUGACCGCAUGCUUGCGCUCUACGGCAGUGAUUGCAAGGCGCUGCUUUCUGUGCAAUACCGCAUGAACAAGGAAAUCAUGGCAUUUUCCAAUGCACACCUGUAUGGAGGGCAGCUACAGGCGCACGAGAGCUGUGCGGCAAUCCGGCUUGGCGAUUUGGGCGUCGACGGCGACGACGACGACGCGCAUGGCGCGCCGCUUGUAUUCUACGACACAACCGGUACGGGCAUGUACGAGCGGACAGACACGGCACUUUUGCAGCGCCACUCGCGGUUGAAUGAGAAUGAGGCAGAGCUGGUUGCGCAGCACAUUGCCCUGCUCGUGGAGCGAGGCGUACCCCCCGCCUCCAUCGCUGUACUCUCGCCCUACGCGGCGCAAGUUGACAUGAUCGACACGCAACUUCGCGCUGUGUAUGGUGGACACGUGGAGGUCGGUACGGUCGACGGUAUGCAGGGGCGUGAGAAGGACGUGGUUGUGCUCAGCCUUGUGCGAAGCAACGACGCGCACGAUGUCGGAUUUCUGCAAGACCAGCGCCGCCUCAAUGUGGCCAUGACGCGUGCGAAGCGGCAGCUGGUCGUGAUUGGCGAUGCAGAUACCAUCGGCGAGGUACCGGCCGGCAAGUCGGGGCCUGCGCGCCUGUUCCUGCGCGCGUGGAUGGAGCACCUGCACAUGCACGCACUGGUGGAAAUGGUGCCUACUUAG